GUUUCUUUAAAAAUUUAGAAUAGCGACUCAGUAAAUUUGUAUAUCCGCUAAGCUUUUUUUUGUAUUAAGUCAAAAAAAAUAACUGAUUUUUGAUCGUGUUCAUCAAGUCUAUCCAAGCGCAAAACUGGUUCGCUUGUUUAUUUAUUUCGUGAUUUCUUUUGUGUAACUUUUUGCAGUCAGGUGAACGCGCAAAGAAGAUGCGCAUUUUUUCACCACCGCCGUGUCGACUUCCGGGUUUCGAGUUCGUGUCAUGGACGUUGCCCUCUGAAGUCUCACAUUUAAGAAGGAGUCGGCAAUCGCUUGGUGGCCCUGUCGGAGUCGGCUGGUGUAUUUGGGGUCGUUACUGAAAGAGUGGACAUGGCCAGUCAACGCUGGUUGAUUUAUCGUCACGUGCAUACAGAUGUCUAAUCUUUCGAAAUGGCUUUUAUAUUUUGGGCCCAGUUAACACGAUGCUAAGAUCUUAAGGGGAAUCAUCAAUCUUCUCAAAAGUGUGUGGCCAGGUGCUAGAAUGGCUGAUCUCAGACAAAACAGUGACUUGGAAACAGAUUGUGCUGUUGACUGGUCCUUGCUGAACAGUCGCCUUGACUCGUUCCGUGGCUCUAGCUUGGCCCAGCAGUUGUCAGCAGAGAGAUUGGCUCGAGCUGGCUUCUACUUCACAGGCCAGGCCGACCGUGUCCGCUGCUUCAGUUGCCGGAAGACUGUGGAAAACUGGUGCAGGGGUGACACACCUGUGGAGAGGCACAAAGAGGUUUCCCCAUCAUGUAAGUUUCUCAGCUGCGCCCAUCGUGGGAAUUUCAAUCCAGGUACUGUUGCCACUCUGACCAAUGGUUCCUCCUACAAUGAGGAAGCAGAAGAGAUGGAGUUUCGUUUGAGAACAGGAGAAGUAGUGGAUGAGUCCACCUACCCUAUGGCCCAUCACAUGAGAAAUGAGUACACCAGGCUGCAGACCUUUGCUUCAUGGCCCUCCAAUGCUCCAGUGAGGCCCCGAGAUCUGGCCCAAGCUGGACUUUACUAUCUGGGGGAGAAUGACGGGGUGCAGUGUUUCUGCUGUGGAGGCAUGCUGGGGGGCUGGGAAGAAGGGGACACAGCAUGGGGGGAACAUUCCAGGCACUACCCCCACUGCUUCUUCAUCCUCGGGCAUGAUGUGGGCAACAUCCCAUCUGAGGGAAAUACAGAAGAAGAGGGGGGAGGGACAGACAACAGACAGCAUAUAAGUACUCGUGUCUCCAUGGAGUGCUUUGAGGAGAGGCUUAGCAGUUUUGAUGGUGUCCAGCACCCCAUUGACCAUGACCGCCUUGCUAGAGCUGGCUUCUACAGCACAGGAGCUCAAGACAAGGUGUUGUGUUUUCGCUGUGGGGGAGGACUAAAAGGCUGGCAGCCAGAAGAGGACCCCUGGGAAGAACACGCCAAACACUAUCCAGGAUGCAGUUUUCUAUUGGAAGAAAUGGGACAGGAAUUUGUCAACAGUGUUCAGCUAAAAGACCCUCGACGGAGCAGCGCUGCUUCAAGUCAUCAGAAUGGAUUUUCCAGUCAUGCUGAAGUGCUGCAGUCAGCCAUGGCUCAGAAAGCCAUAGGGAUGGGUCUGGAUCCUGCUGUGGUGGAGACUACCAUCUUGGAUAAGAUCAGUAGGACAGGGUCAGACUACUCCAGCAUGGAGGCACUUAUUCAGGACUGCCUCGGCAAAACCCCUGAAAGUCAUGUUGCCAGGUCAGAGGAGCAAGAUGAGGACCCCCUGGAGAAACUCCGGAAACUGCAGAGGGAAAAGCAGUGCAAAGUAUGUAUGGACAGAGACAUCUGCAUUGUCUUCAUCCCUUGUGGUCACCUGGUCACUUGCAAGGAAUGCUCAGAGUCUCUCAGCAAGUGUCCAAUCUGCUGUGGUGUCAUUGCACAGAAGAUCAAAACCUAUAUUGCCUAACUAGGCCCUGUAAUCAGGACCCAAGCUAAGACCAAUCAAAAUGCUGCUGCUUUUUGACAUUUAAUUUUAUAGCUGUUUUGAAAAUAAACUAAAUGUACAUAAGGUUGUAUUAUAUAAAGUAUUUAAGGACUAUGGCACGCAUACACAGACACACACACACAGACGGACUA